GUAAAGUCAUUUUUUUGUUGUAUCAUGCGUAAUAGACAGUUCCCUUGAGGAGUAAUUAAAACAGCCCAGCCCAGCACGAUGAUGAAGGAAGAUCUCGCCGUCACCAACUUCAGGAACUACAUUAGGAUUAAGACAGUCCAGCCGAAUCCAGAUUAUGCUGCAUGCACAGAGUAUUUAAGAGGCCAGGCCAAGGAGCUGGAGGCAGAGCUGCAGGUAGUAGAAUGUGUUUCUGGUAAGCCAGCAGUGAUCAUGACCUUGCCCGGACAAGACCGCAGCCUCCAGACGCUGCUCCUCAACUCUCACACAGAUGUUGUACCGGUGUUUCCAGAAUUUUGGAAGUACGAGCCCUUCAGUGCGCACAAGGACGAGAAUGGGGACAUAUAUGGCCGAGGAACCCAAGACAUGAAGUGUGUCGGCAUCAUGUACCUCGAGGCUCUCAAGCGACUGAAGAAGGCUGGUCACAAGUUUCUCCGCACCAUCCACCUCACCUUUGUACCAGAGGAGGAACUUGGUGGCACUGAAGGCAUGGGGCAACUGGUCAAGAUGGACGUAUUCAAGAAUAUGAACAUUGGUCUUGCUCUUGAUGAAGGCUAUGCCAACACUUCUGACAAAAUGGAAUUGUUCUAUGGUCAAAGAACUCCCUUUCCAAUAUACAUCAGAAUCCAAGGGCAGCCAGGCCAUGGAUCACAGUUCAUCCCCAACAACGCUGGGGAGAAGCUGCGGCUUGUCAUCAACUCUGUCCUUGGCUACCGCAAUGAACAAGAGCGGAAGUUGAGGGAGAAUCCUGAACUACACCUUGGUGAUGUGACUACUGUUAAUCUGACUGUAGUAGAAGGAGGAGUACAAACGAAUGUCUUGCCUGCAGAAAUAAAAGUUACAAUUGAUGCACGUGUUGCCCCAUCAGAUGUAGGUACUUUUGAGGCAAAGCUCCAAGGGUGGUUGAAGGCAGCUGGGGACGGUAUCACUUAUGAAGCACGGGAACUGUGCGUGUUGAAGGAACAGACGUGUGUGGAUGACGGCAAAAACCCCUGGUGGGACGCCUUCUCUGCUGCUUGCAAAAAAGAGAAUCUUGUGGUGGAGAAGAAGAUAUUCCCUGCCUCCACAGACAUGAAAUAUGUGAGAGGG